CGUGCAAUCCCUAUUAUCCCCAUAGCCGCCGCCACAACCGCUCCCCGCCUGGUACCUCGGGUCCACGGCCAUCCGCCGGCACCGCCACUACGCUCCCCGGCCUGUCCCUCGGCCAGCCGCCGACACGCUGAACGCUUACUGGUCAGUUGCCGCCAUGCCGGACGCUCUCUCAGCCAGCCGCCGCCAUGGCCGAUGCUCCCUCGGCCAACCGCAGCCACCGUGACGACGCCCCUUCACCUGCUACUGCCGCCAUGACCGACGAUCUCCCGUGCAUUAAUUCUCUUGCCGCUACCGCAUUAUGGCCAUCACUACCCUUCCACCUCCACGACGUAUGUUAUCCCGACCAUAAUGCAUCCACAAAUGUUCAUGAAACGUCCUCACCCACAACCUAAUUCAUCACCCCUCAUUACAUCACCUUCCAUUAAUCUGCAAAUUCGGAGGUAAGUGGGUUUAAAUACCCCUAUGUAAUGUCAUCGUCAUCCAUCACAGAUGCCUUCUCGCGCCCCGUCCGAAGAGGCCUCCGGCGUGGUUGCGCUUCGGAUCAGAGGUGCUCGGCUCCACAUUAUGCUUCAGAGAUCCCUUGCUGCUGGGAAUUGUUUCAUUACUUCACACGUCUUUGCAUUUGUUCCAGAUUGUGCUUUACUCUCAUUUUGUCAUGUGCAGCAAAUUCUCCUCAAGGUGUCCAUUGAUCCCGCCCCCUUGCACUACAGCUUACCACUUAUCUUUUCAAUCACGGGUCGAAAACAAGUACAAAUGGGCAACCGAAGUAUCAGCACCAUUUCAGUAAGAGAAGCUCAAAAGAAAUACACAAAUGCAAUUGCAAAGAUGAAGAGCACAAAGGACCCGGUGUUUAUAACUUUUAAACGGGAAUACAAGCCUCAAGGCACCACUGACCCACUGCGUGGUGACCAUCCAUUCUCAUAUGUUGGAUACAUUGUUGAGUAUGAAAAGAAUGGGAUAUCAUAUGUCCAGGUCAUAGUAACUGCACGAGGCACACCUAAAAACAACAUCAAAUAUAUCCUGUAAGAAUAUGGUUCAUGCUACAAAGUGCUAGCUUUUUAUAUCAUACAAUAUAUGGUUCUUGCUAGAAACUGAUAUGGUUUAAUCAUGUGUUACAUAUUUGUAUCAACAAUAAUUUUCAACCUUUCCAAUAUAAGAAAUCUAUCAUUUA